AUGUUAUAACCUAGACCCCCAUUUCCAUCAGGACAAAUGGAUUUAAUUUUAGGGAAGACUGAAACCUACGGAGCAUUAUUUUUAAGUGGAAUUGAGGCAGCUUUGAAUCCAUAAUUAAUGCAAUAAAACUAGAUUGGGGCAGUAUUAACAGUGGGGACAGAAUUGUCUAAUCUUAAAUUUGAUUGUGAAUAAAAAUUGAUUAUGUUACAUGAUACUGCUUAUGAUCCUAUAAGAAGACAUUUCGAGGAGGCCAUACAUUUUAUUGAUGAAUAACGAAAAACAAAGAAUGUUUUAGUCCACUGCUUUGUUGGAGUCAGCAGAAGUGCUACGUUGGUGAUAGCCUAUUUAAUGCAAAUGUAUAAUUACUCACUUCAAGUUGCACUUACAUUCCUCAUUGGUAGGAGGCCUUAAAUCAACCCAAAUCCAGGGUUUAUGCAACAAUUAUAAUAAUUCGAUUUCGAAUUAAACAGAAGGAGACAGCAAAGACCUGCUAGUACUUAGUAUGUUAGAUCUUAUAAUGACCGAGACAGAAGAGAAUCUAUUGAAGUAAGAUCAACAACAAGGCAAUUUCCAAAUCAAAGUCCAUUGAAAAGAGUCAAUCAGAAAGCUAUGUCAACUAAGUCAUUAUUUCUGACUCCCAAAAAAAGCGAAACUCAAAAUUAUUUUAAUUUUACUCCCACCGUUAAACCGAAUAAUCCCCUUGAAAUUAAAUCAGUUACUUAGAGUGCCUAAAAUUUAGACAACUGCGUCUUGAAGCAAUCGAAUUAUUAUGGAAACAAUACUAAGAAAUUAGUCGAAACUGCCAUCAAUGGAUUUAAAUCUGCUUCUUCAUUCUGUAAGACUUUCUCCAAUCAUUUCCCUAUGGCCAAAAAUCAAAUGCUUGCACAAACCUAAACAUUACUUAAGAGAACUCAAGGCUCGGGGUUAGGACAUAGGGGAAGAUAACCAAUAAGGGCCUAAACUAAAAUUGAAUAUAAUAUAUGA